AAAUGAUCAUGCGGGUGCCGGAUUAGAAAUGGGUGGGUAUAUACUGCACGUGAUUGCGACCAGUGAUAUACAAGGUAAUUAUUUUGCCAUCGUCUGCUCCGUCAUCCAAACAGUCAACAGUCACCAUGUUUUCAAGGACAGUGUUCUCGUCUACACUCCGACGGCCUCUAUUCCGACCCCAGUUCGCGAGCCAGUUCGCGAGCCAGCUCCCUUGUAUUCUUCAAGCCCGUCUAAUCUCGACCGAAACGAAAGCAGCGAUCGAUAAAGCAGUUGCAUCGGCCCCUGUGGUUCUCUUCAUGAAGGGUACCCCAGAGACUCCGCAAUGCGGAUUCUCACGGGCAAGCAUCCAGAUUCUAGGCCUACAGGGAGUUGAUCCAAAGAAGUUCGUUGCGUUUAAUGUUCUGGAAGAUCUAGAGCUACGUCAGGGAAUCAAAGAAUACUCGGACUGGCCCACGAUUCCACAAUUAUAUUUGGAGAAGGAGUUCGUUGGUGGGUGUGAUAUUCUGAUGUCAAUGCAUCAAAACGGCGAGCUUUCCAAGCUCUUGGAAGAGAAAGGUGUUCUGGUGGCUGAAUAGAAUGAUACUCAUUUGGGCUAAGCCAAGCUAUAUUCAAUGUAAUUUUAACGUAUCCGUAUAUCUUUAGUAUCUAUAAACUCUGCUUUGAAUUUUGGCGCUACAUUUGUUAGUAAGAGGACCAUGGCCUA